UACCGUAGUAGCCGGAUGUGAGGUGGCUCCCAAGGAGCAAGCCAAAGAUAAACACGUAGCCAGACGAACAGGGGCGAGGAUAAUGAAUAUUAUCGAGAAGCUACUGUGAAAUGAUUGAAAUGGAGUAGCUGUUACACAUAUAGUGAUUUUAGCAGGCAAGGAGACACCCGUAAUUUUUACCAAGGACGAACAGACAUCGAGUCGUGUCUGUAGCUGAGUCCAAAAUGGUACGAGCAGCCUUGGUGACUGCCACCAGUCUGGCAUUGACUGCAGCUGUGGUGGCACAUGCUUACCUCCUUAAACACCAGUUCUAUCCCACUGUGGUCUACCUCACCAAGAGCAGCCCCAGCAUGGCAGUGUUGUACAUUCAGGCCUUUGUGUUGGUGUUCCUGCUGGGAAAGUUCAUGAGGAAGGUUUUUUUUGGACAGCUGAGGGCUGCAGAAAUGGAGCAUCUGAUCGAGCGCUCCUGGUACGCAGUGACUGAGACGUGCCUGGCAUUCACUGUGUUCAGGGAUGACUUCUCCCCCCGUUUCGUCGCCCUCUUCACCCUCCUGCUCUUUCUUAAGUGCUUCCAUUGGCUGGCUGAGGACCGGGUGGACUUUAUGGAACGGAGUCCAAACAUAUCUUGGCUUUUUCAUUUGAGAGUAUUAUCUCUCAUGGGACUGUUGGGUGUGCUGGACUUCCUGUUUGUCAACCAUGCCUGUCACAGCAUCAUUACCAGAGGAGCCUCAGUCCAGCUCGUUUUUGGAUUUGAGUAUGCCAUCCUGCUGACCAUGGUGUUGACGACAUUCAUUAAAUACCUUCUGCACACUAUUGACCUACAGAGUGAGAAUCCCUGGGACAACAAGGCAGUCUAUAUGCUUUACACUGAGCUCUUUACAGGUUUCAUCAAAGUGCUCCUGUACAUCGCCUUCAUGACCAUCAUGAUUAAGGUCCACACCUUCCCCCUGUUUGCUAUUAGGCCCAUGUAUCUGGCUAUGAGGCAGUUCAAGAAAGCUGUAACAGAUGCUAUAAUGUCUCGGAGAGCCAUCCGCAACAUGAAUACACUAUACCCUGAUGCUACUCCUGAAGACCUGCAGGCCUCUGACAAUGUCUGUAUCAUCUGUCGGGAAGAAAUGGUCACUGGGGCCAAGAAGCUGCCUUGCAAUCACAUUUUCCACUCCAGCUGCCUGCGCUCCUGGUUCCAGAGACAGCAGACCUGUCCUACCUGUCGUAUGGACGUCCUUCGGGCAUCUAAUAACAACCAGACUCCAGCUCCAGCCCAGGCUCCACCCCCCGCCCCCGCAGCCCCCGCCAAUGCCCCCGCAGCCCCACCUGCCAAUGUGGCCCCAGGCAUGUUACCUGGCUUUCCUCCUGGCAUCUUCCCCUUCUGGGGUCCCUUCCCUGCAGUGCCUCCGCCUGCUGCAGCUGCUGCAGCACCUGGUGCCACUGACGCUGCACGAGGCAGCACAGAGGCCACGCAGGCAACCGGUACGAGCCAGCCCUCCUCGUCUACUGCAGACUCUGCUGCUGCAGCAGCUGCUGCUCCGGGAACAACAAUCCCAGGCUUCCCCUUUUCCUUCCCUCCUCCUCCCUUCCCCGCUGCACCAUGGCUGCCCAUGCCGCCACCUCCUCCCUUCGUCCUGUCCUCUCCCCCAGUGUCAUCAAUGCCACCUCCUCCUCCAUCUCUGUCCCAGCUGUCAGAGGAGGAGCUGAGGGAGUUGGAGGCAGAAGGCAGACGGGGCCUUGAGGCCAGGCUCCAGUGUCUCCAGAACAUCCACACCCUGCUGGACGCCGCCAUGCUCAACAUCCACCACUACCUCAGCACCGUCGCCUCACUCAGUCCUCCUCGGGCUGAGGGCAGCACUGGACAAGCCAGUGGGACGAACCACACUGCUUCAUCUCCUGGCAGUAGCGCAGACAGUUCCGACCAGGAAAAAAAUGCUCCCAGCUCUGAGCAGGUGGACGGAGCUGCAGCGUCCUCUCAGUCAGCUGUCUCCUCUUCUGCUGCCUUGGACACGGAAAGACAAACGAUGGAUGAAGGGGUGGCGGUGGGAGAGGAGGACGGGGAGCCCAACGCCGCUGAGUUGAGGCGCCGGCGUCUUCGUAAGCUAGAGACGGCAACAUCGUCAUCGUCUUCACCCCCUCCUGACAACUGAUCCGUGUGUUCUGACUCAGACAUGUUGCUCUGGACCAACAGGAACUGUGAGCUGAUUGAUCGUUGCUUUGGUUCUUUAUUGGCUCUCUUCCUCGUGGCUUCCACAGGCUCAGGUGUCUUUCUGCGUCGAGUUGGACUGAGACCACCGGGAGACAAGAUGAUCUUGGCCGUUUAUCUGAACUGUCUCUGUGUCAGAAAGCAAUAGCAUGACCUUUUUUUUUUCUUCUGUUUUUGCCACCUGUUUUUCCUCUCAGAAUGACUACUGCAAUAAGAGUAUAGCAGGCGUUUGUAAGUUUAAAGUGGUGGAAGAGGAAUUCUCAUUUCAAAGUCAGUCAUUUGGUCAAUGUGAGAGAGACGGUGUUUGGAUUUGUGUUUGGUAGUUUUACUGUCAGUGAUGUCUUUGCCUGCACUUCGAUUUUUGUUAAAUUUGCUUUCUUCAGAACAAAGAUGGUCCCAUUUGCCGCUCAUUCAUCAUGUUACACAGCACCUGGAGCAGUGUAAGGCCCAAUGAAUUCAAAUCAGCUACUCUGGCUUUGGCUUACUUUUUCUUUAACAUCCAUCACUCUUCUGUUGCCACUGCAGACGUUGUAACAUACUGAUUUAUUUGAAUGUGUACAUACUGUAUAAAGAGUUUUAAUAGAAUGAUCUGUACAUAAUGCAGAAUAAAUUGUUCGACUGAAAUUGCAGCGGCA